AGACCUGUUUAGGAGCCAUUACAAAAAAACUUACGUGAUGCAGGUGAGUGACGUGCUCUCAGAUUUUCCUGUUAUUUGUGACUGAUUACCUUAUUAUGCCAAUAAUAUGAGUUUUGUUGAAGUCAGUGAGAAUGUUCCUAGACGUAGGGCCACUGUAAACUUGUCACGUUCCCUUGGUUGUCAUAGAUCCACUUAUAACAGAAGGUGGAAUAAAAUGAGAGCCGCUUUCAUGAAAAAAUAUGACUUUCUUUCGUUCAGUGAGUUUUCUAAUGAAAGCACCCUGAAAGGUAACUGAGUUCAACAGUGUUGUUUAUUAAAUUGAUAGAAGUAAAGAGAUAAAUCAGUUGUACUGACAGUACUUCAAGUGUUACACCAUCCACUAGCAACAUCAAUCAAAGGCUUUCAGAUAAUAGUGGUAUGUACAUUGAAUUCAUACGGGAAUAUACAUCUUAUAGGAUGUACUGAAGUGAACUUGUGCUCUCAGAAGUUCGUAAAUCGCAAAGAACUGAUGAACGACUUUAUGAUGUAUGUAAUGUCAAAUACAUAUCUGAGCAUAAGAGAUGCUGAUCGGGUUCUGUAUGAUUUCUUAUCCCGGACAUACCGAAAAGCAUCAGAGGUGUCCUGAAGACGUGUCCAAAUGUUCAACCAAAGUUCAUUGGCAUUGGAGUUUACUACCAUCUAGGAUUGAAAACCAAUCUGCUAAGAAACGUUGAGCUUUGGUUAUGUACUAUUGAUUUUGACUCUUUAAAUUUAUAUAUCAAUAUUGAUGGACUUUCUAUGUCUAGAAGCUCCAAUCAACAGUUAUGGGCUAUACUAGUGUAGCGGUAAAUAAAUCCCCAAAAUAAAUAGCACUAAGUUUUCGACAUUGGAUGCUGACCAUAUGUUUUAGUGGACUCACCUAGCUGAAGGCGCUCGGUCAGUCAUCCGCACCAGAUCACGUGUGGUAACGCCGUGCUCAACAUCAACCGCAAUCGCUAGCCAGAUUAGAUCAGAGAAUUCCGAUAUAUUGGUCAUCGCCAAAUAUACUCUUCCGAUCUCCUCGACUCUGUCUUUUGAUUUCUCUGGGCGGGAACGAAAUAUAUUAGAAGGUGUUACUGGUAGAAGCGUUGUCAAACACUGAAUACAUGUGACGUAAUCAUUGGUGAAACCGACGUGAUCUGGUACACCUAAUUGCAACUGUGAGUCUGUUCCUUUUUGGGAUUUUUAUAUAUCAUUGCCUUAUUUUUUUUAACUUUUUUAAACAUUGUGAUUUUUUUUUUCGUGUUUUUUCCUGGAUAUAUAUAUUUUCCUCUUGUUCAUUAUCGUACUUCAUACUUCAUCAUGACUGAACACACACCUAAAGUACUCAAGCUUAAGACUUUGUCCCCGCCUUCGUUUCAACUGAUGCCUUUCUGGCCCGACAACAUCGAAGCCUAGUUUUGCUACGCAGAAGCCGACUUCUCCGAGCACGGCGUGAUCGACACACGUGCACAAUUCCUCGCAGUAGUCAAGGCACUACCGCGCGAAUUCAACAGGUACGUAACACCUAGUAUGUUUACUAGUGAUGUUUCCGAUCCUUACGAAAUCUUAAGACGCUCGAUUCUUAAACGAGGAGGCCUAACCGAUCGACAAAGGUUAGAUCAACUCUUCAACAAUAUCGACCUGCAACACGGUUCUGCGACAGACAUGUUGCAACGGAUGAGAGAGGUUAUAGGCCCAAGAACUUUCGACGAAGGCCUAUUCAAACAACUCUUCUUGUCAAAACUUCCCCAACAGGUGCAAGCAGUUCUGGUCUCGUUCCAGAACAACGCCUUAGACGAGCUAGCUGCAUCUGCCGACCGCAUAUUAGAAAUUACGAAAUCUACUACCGAGGUAUUUUCAGUCAAAGAAAAACCUCAAACGACUCAGAAUGAUAUAAGCGACUUAUGUCACACACUCACGCGUUAUCUUAGUCUUCGUAACGACCGUAAGAGAUCGUGCACACCACGUAGAAGCAUUUCUCGUAAGCGAUCUGUCUCUAGACCACGAGAGACAGAUAACCCCGACUGGUGCUGGUAUCAUAACCAGUAUGGAAAGCUUUCCAGAAAUUGCAGAAAACCCUGCAAUUUUCCCAACACGAAACCGACUGAUUCGAAAAGCAAUUCGGGAAACUUCCAAGCCGGCACGCGUUAACGGCAACCGUAGCCGGCGAACAAAGCCGUCUGUUAUUCGUCACAGAUGUGACAACGAGAGUUCGUUACCUCGUCGACACUGGCGCAGAAGUUAGCGUUCUCCCAGCAAAUCCUAACGACCGGCUUCAGGAGUCGGCUUUUAACUUACAGGCGGCAAAUGGAAAACCGAUCGCUACGUAUGGCAAAAGGAACGUUUACCUUAACGUGGGUUUACGCAAACCCAUCCACUGGAUUUUCGUUGUUGCAGAUGUUUCUAUGCCAAUCAUUGGUAUGGACCUUCUACAACACCACAAUCUGAUCAUCGACACUCGCAAACGGAGGCUAGUAGACGGAAACACUAAUUUGUCCGUUUGCGUAACUUCUUUUACUGGUUGUAGAGUAUCCCCAGUCACAGUUAAACAUAUGAUAGACCCACUCUAUCAACCACUACUCGAUAAGUACACUGAGAUACAACAAACUCAAACGAAACUACCGUGUGUAACCAGCAAUGUUACACAUCACAUCACGACUACAGGACCACCUGUAUUUUCUAAAGCACGCCGACUAGCUCCUGAAAAGCUAAGGUUAGCGAAAAACGAAUUCGAUCACAUGAUGGACUUAGGAAUCAUACGACCGUCAAGUAGCCCAUAUGCAUCUCCGUUGCACAUGGUCCCUAAAAAGGACAGCAACGAUUGGCGUCCAACUGGUGACUAUCGGCGAUUGAACGCGAAAACCAUUCCCGAUCGUUACCCGUUGCCUCACAUUCACGAUUUGACAGCUACCUUGAAAGGUACAACUGUCUUUUCGAAAAUCGACUUGGUUAAAGCGUAUAACCAAAUCCCUAUGGCUACUGACGACAUACCGAAAACGGCUAUCGUAACUCCCUUCGGACUCUAUGAAUUUUUGCGAAUGCCUUUCGGUCUAAGGAAUGCUGCUCAAACAUUCCAAAGAUUCAUAGACGACGUUUUUCGAGGUCUCAACUUCGUACACGCGUAUGUUGACGACUGUCUAAUCGCAAGUCCGGACAGAGAAACACAUCUCAAGCAUCUGGAUCUUGUUUUCGAACGACUUCAAAAACAUGGCAUAACUGUAAACGUUCAGAAAUGCCAAUUCGGAACCAACUCGUUAGACUUCCUAGGACACACUAUCGAUGCUCAAGGCAUUCGACCUCUUAGGACCAAAGUGGCGGCCAUUCUGGAUUACCCAGAACCGACCACCGUCAAGCAAUUACGCACGUUUAACGGCCUGGUAAGUUUCUAUAGACGUUUCAUACCGAAAUGCGCAUUACUCAUGAAACCUCUAACCGACCAACUUCGUGGAAAUGCGAAAUCCAUUAAUUUGGACAACACCGCACGAAAAGCAUUCUCCACAGUUAAGGAACUGAUUGCUAAAGCAACAAUGCUCGCACAUCAGGACACCCGAGCACCCAUUAGUAUCGCAGUAGACGCAUCCGACUCAGCAAUCGGAGGAGUCUUACAACAAUGGGUUAACAACUCCUGGCAACCCUUGGCAUUUGUCUCUAGAAGGUUGCUAGACACCGAAUCGAGGUACAGCACAUUCGGUAGGGAACUCCUAGCUAUGUAUUGUGCUGUACGGCAUUUCCAACACUACAUCGAAGGUCGUGAAUUCACUCUUUUCACGGACCAUAAACCGCUCACUUUCUCGUUAAGCUCUCCUUCUGACAAGUACUCUCCCCGUGAGUCUCGACAACUAAACUACAUUUCGCAGUUUACUUCAGACAUUCAACACAUCUCUGGAGCAAACAAUGUAUUUGCAGACGCCUUAUCUCGCAUAACUUCCUUGAACAGUUUCCAAGGAAUCGACCUUCUUAAACUCGCCGAGCUUCAAAAAGAAGACAGUGAUCUUCAGCACGAGUUAUCGUCCACAAUACUAAAACUACACAUCAAACAGAUGGAAACAGGUAAGGAAACCUUACUUUGUGACACAUCUACAGGUAGGGAUCUCCCAAUCGUGCCGAAACAUUAUCGACGCAAUGUCUUCAACACAUUGCACAAACUUUCGCAUCCAGGUGUUCGUGCAACCAUCAAGCUUAUAGCAGAAAGGUUUUGCUGGCCUGGAAUGAAUAAAGACGUGAGGGAGUGGGCACGCUCCUGUGUAAGCUGCCAAAAAUCUAAGGUUAUCAGACACAAUAAAUGUCCCUUAGGCUCGUUUAAAACUCCCGGUGCUCGUUUCGACCAUGUUCAUCUGGAUUUGGUAGGACCUUUACCAGAUUCAAAUGGAUACUCUUAUCUCUUAACCUGCGUAGACCGUUUCACUCGAUGGCCAGAAGCAGUACCUAUCAAGGACAUCACUGCUGAAACAGUGGCUCGCACCUUCGUCGAACGAUGGGUAGCAAACUUCGGCUGCCCUUCAACCAUCACUACAGACCGCGGACGUCAAUUUGAAUCUGAUCUUUUCCGUCGUCUGACCACUCUUUUAGGAAGCACUCGCUUCCGAACGACCGCCUACCAUCCACAAGCAAACGGGUUGGUAGAACGUUUUCACCGACAACUGAAAGCUUCGCUAUCAGCUACAAACGUUUCACAGUGGACCGACGCUCUUCCACUCGUCUUACUAGGUAUCCGCAAUGCAGUGAAAGCUGACAUUGGAUACACUGCGUCUCAACUCGUUUAUGGUACGACACUUCGACUUCCAGGAGAAUUCGUGGAUCCUUCAUCCUCUUCAAUGAACAUGGAUCUAACCUCCUACACGAACAGGCUUAAAAACGCAAUGCGUUCAGUUAAACCUGCUUCCACCCGACCUCAAUCAACUGAUGUUUUCGUUCAACCUGACUUACGAUAUAGUACACACGUUUUCGUUCGUCGAGACUCGCAUCGACGACCCUUCGAAUCAGCAUACGAAGGACCCUUCAAAGUUCUUCAACGUGAAUCUAAGUACUAUAUAGUCGAUAAGAACGGAACCAACGAUAGCAUCAGUAUCGAUCGCUUAAAAGCAGCGUAUUUAGAAGGAAAUCCUAUCUACGUGGAUUUUCCUUCGGUACAAUUGAACGACACGACUCCGACACUUAUAAUACCUCAUCCGACAACCAACACACACGAUGAUACUUCGACAGUAUCCGAAAAUAAACUUAAAACGACGCGUUCUGGAAGAAGGGUGAGAUUUCCAGAACAUCUAAACGACUAUUGCACGUAAGGCACUUCUCGACAUUUUAUAUUAUUUUUUAAAAAAAAAACAAUUUUAAUAUGCUUAUAUAUUUUUAUUUCUAUUUAAAAAAAAACAAAACAAAAAAACAAUUUUUUUAACGCUAUUACGUGUUCAUGAGUUUAUUUUCCAUUUUUUUUCCGCCGACAUUGUGCUUUUACGCACAUACGAGUGUAUUUCGACAUGCACUUACAUUUUCGUUUUUCUUUUCCAGGACGGCUGGAAAAGAACGAUGACGUUUAUGAGGAUCCGAAAUUUUCCAUGUACAUUUUCUUUUUUUACUAUGUUGUACCUCCGUCCCAUAUAGUAAGGAAAGACGACCAGACGCUGCUAAAUUUAGUAAGCUAUCAGAAGAGUGUUUACCAACGACAAACUCGUUGGGUUUAAACUUCUGGCUGGCCACGUCUUAGGGUCGUCAUUGCCCCACUAGGGGGGGAGUGAUCUGUAGCGGUAAAUAAAUCCCCAAAAUAAAUAGCACUAAGUUUUCGACAUUGGAUGCUGACCAUAUGUUUUAGUGGACUCACCUAGCUGAAGGCGCUCGGUCAGUCAUCCGCACCAGAUCACGUGUGGUAACGCCGUGCUCAACAUCAACCGCAAUCGCUAGCCAGAUUAGAUCAGAGAAUUCCGAUAUAUUGGUCAUCGCCAAAUAUACUCUUCCGAUCUCCUCGACUCUGUCUUUUGAUUUCUCUGGGCGGGAACGAAAUAUAUUAGAAGGUGUUACUGGUAGAAGCGUUGUCAAACACUGAAUACAUGUGACAUCAUCA